AUGUCUUCGCCAUUCCGCAUGACUCCCUUGCGCAAUCGUUCUCAGACCCAAUCCCAUAUACCUUAUAAGCCAUUAUCGGGAUUUGAGACCAGCACUAAUCUCUCCACCGGGUGGAGAGGAGGCGAGAUUCAGCGUAAAUGCUUUCUGCUCGUUGACUAUGGGAAGGACUUCCUCAUGGAUAAUAGACUUAGAACGGAGUGUGGUGAGGAUGCAACAGGUGGUAGCCUACUGGUAAUUCUUCAGCCUACUGUACAUCAACAGCUCAUUCACUUGAUAUCCCAACUCCAGCUCCCCUCUCCACUGGGAUUAUCUCUUCAUCUGACGGUACCCGGAACUACCCAUAAACCGAGACUUACCGAUGCGAUCUGGCCUACCUUCUUCUCAACUUUCCUCAUUCCUUCUCAGAGUCAUCCUCAUGAAUCGAUUGGCAGUCUUCCAAUCGUGGGUAAUGUCUCCCUGAGAGUGGAUAAGAGAGCAGCAAGAUGGUAUGAGGUAUGGAAGAAGGACCCUCAAGAUGGGAUGAUAGGGAAGUGGGUCAACAUUAACGGCCAUACUAGGAAUCCAGCCGGUGUAGACGCUGUCCGUCACAGUAAGGGCGAAUCGAGCCAGUUUACCGAUUCACCAUACGAUCUAUCAGUGUAUUCGAUCAAUAUCCCUGCGAACGAAGACCAUGAUCCUGAGUCCAGCUCAAAGAGAGACGUGAUCAUACUAUCUACUUCACCCAGACAUGAAUCACCCUCUUCUCAUCACCUCAAUAGUCCUCAACCCGAAGGACUCAAGACAAUCACUCUCCCACCCUUGUCAGCUUUCUCUUCUCCCGCCUCUCAACAUCCUGCACCUGAGAUUUCCUCGCGAUCCUCUACCCCGCUAUCCUUCCAUUCUAUCCCUUAUUCUCCCAUCCACUCCAUGCCCGAUCCAGAAGCUUUGGCCACUCAGCCAUUCCUCAAAGAGCUCUAUCAGCGAAUUAACAUCACUCAAAGAGCCAGGUCGAACUCUGAUCUAGCCAAACGAAGGGGUAAAGAGGGUUUGACGAUUCAUACGAAGAAGGACAUCCGACCGCCAUGGGCUGAUCUCGGCUCUGCGAUGUGGUCUGUAGGUACCAGUUGGGGUCCACCGACGACACCCGAAGGAUGGGAUCUAUCUCCUUCUCAGCGACAACGACAACGACUUCAAGCUAAAGUUGAAGUUGAAGAGAAAUCCAGUUCUAUCUCACCUUCGAAGAUCGAUUUUACUGCUUCUCCACGAAAGGCACCUCCCAUUCCUGACGGUCCAUUGGAUUCACAGAAUACUGCGGGGAGCGGUUCUCAAGAUGAUCAUGGUACUUGGACUUUCUUACCUAAAGGACCAGUCACGCCUACACCUUGGAAGUUCGGGUUCCCAUUCCAUCAAGUAGGAGCUUUACCUUCCGACAUCAAUAUCGAGAUAUAUAAGCCUCCUGUUGAAAGCCCACAUAAUCGAGGAAUCAAGUUUCACCAAGAAAUUGAAUUUUUCGAAUCUCAAUCUCAAGUCAUUCAUGAUCAACUAGAACAUCUUCAAGUCUCUCCACUUCCACUGUACCCAAAUUCACUACAUACCUCUGCAUUCGAGCUUGACUCUCCUUUCGAGAUUGAGAUUGAAGAGGGAAUCGAAUUCGAGGAAACUUCUCCUUCACGUUCUUCCAAAUUGGGAGAAUUGCCUAUGGAAGAGAUAAAUCUGUCAGCAUCGUCCCCUGAUGCAAACCCAACAUCAUAUGAAGAGCUCCUCGCACCUUUGGCAAGAUGUCCUCGACCAUCCGAUCAGAUCUACUCUCAAGUAGAUAUCUCAUUCCUUCAGCCUUAUACCGAACGACAUGUGGUUCAUCCUAUCUCACCGUUCGAUCUGGAUAUCCCCGUAUCCCCAUUUGACGAGGAUGAGGAUGAAGACGAAGGAAGGAUGGACUUUUCGAUGCCCGGGCUGAGAAGACCAUCUGUAUUGGGAUUUGAGGGUACGCAACUGGGCAUCAUUGAAGAAAUGUCAAAUUCGGAUGCCUCGUCGCCUGCAUCUCUCAAAAUGGAUUCGUCUAGAUAUUUUGAAGAAGCAUCGGAAGAUCACAUAUCGAUCCCGGUCAUAUCAGUUAAAGACGAUUCUACCCAUGCUCAUUUGGACGAUGGAAGGUCGAUUGCUAUUUGUGAAGAAUCAGCUUCUAUUCGACCACUUGAACUGGAAGAGAUGCCCAUCGAUAUUGAAAGGACGAGCACGAGUCGAGUGAUACCCCGCCUACCGACCCCUCAUGCACGACUCAGCGAAUAUUUCCUAGAAAACGAUCAGCAACUUGGAUUCUCCUCUGUUGGAUCUUAUCACGAGCCUUUAGAUCUCUCUUGUUCUCCCGUACCAUUCCAAAAUUGUAUCGAGGAAGACAUACCAUCUCCUACGUUAUUCACUACAAAUCACCUGUUCCAGUACCCCGAUAAGGCCCAACACCCCGCCGACAAUGGAGAUGAUAAUCCUCGAUCUCGAACAAGUUUUAUGAGUGGUAUCAAACCGAUUUUCAGAUCCAAAUCGCAGAAAGACCGAUCUCGAUCACGUUCGUCCUCAGUAGGUGAAAGAGCACUCUCUUUCACAAAUUAUCACGAACAAACCAAUCAAAGUGUCACUUCAUUGAUCAGUUCCCAUACUGCAGCCACUGGAAGAGAACCAAAGAGACCAUUGAAGAAGUUGAGUCAGAGGCUGUCGGGUUUUGGAAGUUGCCCGGAAGGAGGGGGGCAGGAAAUUCCUCCUUUAGCGGUAGCGGUACAGGAUCAGGAGGGGAAUAUGAUGACUUCGAGAUUGUACGAUGAUGCUCAGGUAGAAUGUCAUUGUCAUUAUCCUAAUUUGGUGAUUUAUCCACCAUUGGAACAGCCACAAUGGCCCUUUCGCAUUUCAGUCCCAAUACCGGUUUAUCAGCACACCUACCCCGAUUUAGUGAUAUACGUACCGAUCAUUCAGAAGUCUGCCAAAAAAGGUAUGAGCUCUGAUGGGUCAACGGACAAUGGAUUAUCUCGAAUUCCAAUCGGUUUGGUGGGAUAUCUAUACCCUAAUAUCGUGUUAUAUCCUUCUUCAAACCUUUCUUCCUCUACUGUACGAUCUGAGUCUCUCGUUUUGCCAGAAAAACUUCUAGUCAAACCGAUCACACUCGCACGAUAUGAUUAUCCAAAUAUCGUUGUAUACCCUCAAUCCACUCUUAUCUCAAAUCACAAAGUCCGAUCUAUUGCACUCGAGUCUCGACCAAAAUCGACAUUCGAACCAAUAGUACUCGUACUAUAUCGUUAUCCUAACAUCGUCGUAUACCCUCCAUCUCGGAAGAUCCAACCGAUUCCACUCGAAGUAUCACACAGAUUGACAGUCGAAUCAAUCGCACUCGAACGAUAUCUCUGCCCGAACGUCCUCAUAUACCCGCCAAUCACAUCCAACAAUCCCUCUCGUUCUUCACUGAAUCCGAUUCAGGUGGUAAAAACGAUCCCUAUCCUCCUUUACCGGAGUAUCUACCCAGAAUUAAAGAUAUAUCCAACAGUCGUUCCCAUUCCCAUUCGGCUUGUUCAGUAUAGGUAUCCGAGCAUUGUGAUCUACCCAUGUUGUAACAAAGGGAUAACCAAGAUCAAGACUGAAUCGAAAAUUUUACUCGGCGCUAGAAGGAGAUAUUCAAUUCUGAAAGCUUCUUUAGUUUCAGAUCGUACACCGGUUGAUCAACGGAUCUCAUCAAUCAAGAAAUUCACUCAUCAAAGAGGAAUUUCAAGUCUCAGUUCGAUCUCUUCUAGCUCUAUCGUUACUCCUGUAUCGGAGUCACCCCCUUUCUCUCUUGACGACUUGACUAUACAACUCCCGAAGAGAACGACUCCAUCAUCCACACCACUUACCAUGGAGACAUCUUCGAAAGCUAUUGUACCAGACUAUUUCGCAAAUAUCGAGUCUUCCGCAUCUCACCAAAGUGAAGAAGCCGCAAUCAAGUUGAGCACCCAAGACACCAGUAGCCACGUUGAAUCAGAUUCUAGGAUGAAGAAGAGAAGUAGUACAUUGAUAUCUGAGAGGAUGAAAGCGUUUUCUUCUCCACAAGCAGCAAAUUGCACUCCAUUUUCACCUCCUCCCGCUGCCCGCAAAUCCCGAAAUAAUACCUACGAUAACUUGGAUCAAAGUCCUCCAACAGAUUCACCAUUCUCGCCCGGGCUGGGAAAAGAGCUUGGAGGGAAGAAAGUGGGUAGAUUAUCACGAGAUCUGAUUAAGAACUGGAUAUAG